CUGGUUAUAAACGCAGGUACAUCGGAUGUCGCGUUCAUACUCGGCCAGCCCAGCGACAACGACUGGGAAGACAUGGGAAAGUCAGACAAGGCUCAAGCAAAAGAGCCAGAGCUGGCCAGUUGUGAUGGUCCAGCCGCGGAACAAAUUCCUAAUGGGGCAGAUCUCGGCAAUCACUACAUGCAUGCGUUCGAGGAUUUGAAAAAGAAAUCCUGCAGCGCCUUCUGCUGGAAGAUAUUGUAUGUGGUAGUUGGGAUUAUAACCGUGUUACAAUCCGUUGCUGUAAUCGCGGUGGCUGUCACUUCAGCUAUUGCGACAAAGAUCUACAGCAAUGAUAUGUCUGGUCGGCUGGUGGCUAUGGUGGUACAGGCGGUGACCGCGGCGGUCACGCUCUCGGUGAUCAUCUACGGUGUUAUCGGAACAUUAAGGGAUAAAAGGAGGCCUGUGCGCUCGGCAACUGCUGUGCUGAUUGUCGUGAUCAUAAUCCAGGUGAUUAUCCUCGCCGUGUCGGUGAAAGUGACCACGGAGGACGAGGUGGGUCUCGGCCGCUCCCUCUCUGAAUCCUUCAAGCUUGCAAGGGACGACAGCCCGAGACAUGUAAAAAUUUGGGCCAGGACUCAACACGAUCUCAAAUGCUGCGGGGUGUACACAGCGGAGGACUACCGCUCAUCAAACCUUCCCGCCUACUUCGCACCUAACAUUCCGAUCUCCUGCUGUCCCGCUUAUGACCCGGAGAGGUCAGAGCUUGUGCAGGAGAGGGAAAGGGAAACAUGCAAAGCCAGGAAGCUGUUCUACGACAUAGGCUGCCGUAACCUGAUCAUCGACGUGUUUAAAGAGACGUCUAAGACGGUGAUGGGAGUGUCCUUACUUGCUGUUGUAUUAGAGAUAAUCACCAUUUUGAUUGGAAUAAUUUUAGAAACGAAAAAACCAGAGCCAAAGAACAACGAAUAUGAUACCGACGGCAUAGAAGCAGUACCGACAACACCAGCAGUAAUGGCGGUGACGGAUAUGAAAACGAAACCGAUAUUAUAA